AUGCUUGGCUCAAAGCAGUGGUUCGGCUCGGCCUCUCCAGCCGUGCAGAGAGAGGACGUGCUGAAGUACUUGCCGGCUCUGAUGCCGCGGCCAGCACUGACCGAUAGAGAGAUACUACACCAUCAACCUGUGUCAAUAUUGACUGGUGGUGACGUACACUCUGAGAAGGCAGACGAGACCUCUCUCCUUCCGAAGAAGGAAGAGAAGGCAACACGUGUUAGGGCCGAUGCCUUCGCCAAGAGACUAACGAAAAUACGAGCUCUGGAGGCGCACCGGGGCCCAGUAGCGUGGGACACGGAAUUCUGGAAUGUGGAAUUGACGAGGAACACUCCUGCACACAGCUCGGGAGAGUUACUGUGCUUGACUGCAUUCGGAGGUGGCAAGCUCGAUUUCGGCUCUGGCCCGUUGCUCUUCGUAGACUGCAAGGGGCCUAGCAGGCAUGUCCUAGACCUGUUUAGAUCGUACUUUGAAAACCCUGCCAAGAGGAAGAUCUUUCAUAACUUCGCUGCUGAUGCGCAUGUCUUAUACGGGCAUGGUAUAACAGUGCGAGGUCUGGAGGCCGACACUAGAUAUCUCGCGCGGCUCUUCGAUUCCAGUCUCAGUAGCUGGGAAGAUCAGGUGAGGGUCUCAAACGACUUGUUAGUCUGUUUGGCAUCGCGCCGAAAGAACCACCGUCGUCAAAGAGAAGUAGUUGGUGUCAGCGACGGUGAAUCUGAAAAUUGCCUAUACAGGUUCGCAGGCAGACUCGGUAUUGGAGGUUUGGAAGCCCACUGCAGCGAGGAGAAGUUCGGAGAAUGGUUGAAGUAUGCUGCUGAUGACGCGUAUUUCACGUUUAUGCUCUACCGUCGUCUCACUGACACCUUGCGAGGCCAAGAGUGGUGUACUGAGUUGCACUGGCAGCCUAUUCGCGAGAAGAUUCGCCAUGGAACAACAACAUUCAACGGAAUGAACGACCCAGAAACAUACACAGGUUUGUCGAUGUCCGAUUUCGCGGUGAAAUUCUAUCGCCCUUUCACUGAGCUCCUAGUUGAGAUCGAGAGGCGAGGCUUCGGCGCUAACAGAGAGUAUCUAAUCCAACAGUUAACGGCAGCUCAGGCGGACCUCGAGCGGCAUAAAGAGGCCUUUCGGAUGAUAGCACAGUCACUGAAAGAUCGCCGGGGUCAGCCAUUGAAUCCCCAGGCAGAGUUCAUUAACCCGAGAUCAGCCAAGCAAAUACGACAACUCCUCUUCGGGAACCCUGACGAGCCGGACCAUCUGCGAUGGGUCGCCCGUAGAGUGCGAGCCGGAGAGGAGGCAGAAUGGAUACAGCCUUUCAUGGAGUUCCCCACUGCCCCAUCGUCCAAGCAUCGAUUCAUCGUGAAGGGGCUUGGUCUCCAGCCGAUAGCCUACCUUUAUGGCCGCGAACGGUUGAGCAACUACGCCCCCAGCGGUUGGCCUAAGGUCGAGUCAGCUAUUCUGAGAGCUUUCGCUGGUGAACCUCAUGAAGGUAAUUAUGGCGUUGCUUACCAGCAGCUAGAGCCUGUACGUGGCCAUGAACAUGCAGCAAGCGUGUGCAGGCUCCUGUGGCAUCUACAACGAAGUAUCAGGAUAUCCGCGGCAAUCACCUCGGUCCUAUCGCCGUUGAUAGAGCGAAUAAAAUACGAUGAGGAUGGGUUCGGGAGGAUCCACCCUAGUCUGGCGCUAGACACGACCACGGGUCGACUUUGCUGUCGCAAGCCGAACUUGCAGAACCCUCCAAGUGCUCACAACGACCUCUAUUCCAUCCGGAAGGCAUUCAGCGCUCGCCCCGGAAAUACGCUCAUCGUCGGAGACUACUCGCAACUCGAGCUCCGCAUAUUGGCGCACAUGUCGAGAUGUGAAUCCAUGAUAAGACAACUGAAUCAGGGCGGGGAUAUCCAUUCACAGUGCGCAGUGGACCUCUUCCCAGAAGUAGCAGAGGCCGUUGCCAAUGGAUCUGUAGGACGCCUACACUCGCGAAUAGAUAGGAGAGCCACUGUACAGGUCGUUAUUGACGAUGCUGAAGCGCAUCCGGGCAUACCCAGUGUGAAGACCAAGUUCUCGACUCAGCGGCAGCAGGCCAAGGUGAUGAACUUUUCUAUUGCUUACGGGAAGACUGAAAGGACAUUAGCUGAAGAGAUGGACCUGCCUGUCACUGACAUUAGAGACAUGUUCACGAGAUGGAACAACUCUAAGAAGGGAGUCGAGCGAUGGAAGGCAGAGAUACUCAGGGAGGUCAGAGCGUGCAGCGGUGAAUUUCGUCAUCCAAGGGUCGGCGGCCGACAUCGCCAUGAUGGCCAUGCUUCGCGUCGAUCGAGACGAGAGACUACGGCGCAUGGGGUCAAGAUAGUGAUGCAGGUACAUGAUGAAGUGAUCCUCGAAGGACCCGCAGAGAAUGCCACCGACGCAGUUCCCAUCGUGCGAGACCUCAUGGAGCAUCCCUUUGCCGAUAUCAAGCCUGACUACCGGAUGUUGAUUAACCUUGAUGUUGAUAUUGCUACUGGCACGAAUUGGUCUGAUGCCAAACCCUGA